AUGGGCCUCAGCUCACUUCAUCGCUUUCUUCGCAGUCUUCUAUGGGAAGAAGAUGUUGAUUAUGACCAGUUUGAGUCAAGAAUGGAUGGCACAGAUAUUGUGAUGUUUCGCGAGAAUGAUAAAGCUUUUCGUUUAUUUCGAACAAAUGUUCAUGUAAAGAUGGGCGCCUAUAUUGCUUGCCUCAUCGGUUUCGCUGUGACCAUUUUUUAUUGUAUCAGUUACACUUUUUAUCACUCGAGAGGAAUGGGCCGAAAUCCGUUCAUCGAUCAUUUGGAGUUAGUUGAUCUAAUCUUCGCUUUCCUUGUCGGUCUUCCCUGUCACGCGAUUCUCUUUUUGGGGAUUCGAAAGGAGAAAAAGUUGUUCUUUAUCCCAUUCUUGAUCUUUUACUGUACAAAUUUCAUGCUAAAUGUCAUCUUCACAGUCAUCACAAUCAUCGCCGCCAUUUUCGACUUUCAUCAGAAACUUUUCGGGAAUGUUCGCUGGGAUCUCGGAUGGACAUUGUUUCAGAUCCUCUUCACAGCCGCUCAGGGUUUAGCCAUUUAUGUUGUGAUUCGAUGCCGGAAAUAUGUGGCAAUGAAAACAUUGUGGAAACAGCGAAAUGCUGAGCGAAACAACAACACUUCCUCAAUCAUUGCUGACGGGGUGACCAUCGAAAAUGCA